AUGGCUGAAGAUCUGGAGGUUGAUUUACUUCCAAGGAACAAGGCCUCAAACUCUGGCAAAAAUGCCACCAUCCCCCCCUCACCUGAUGAAGGGAUUCACGAAGAAGAGGCUUUGAUAGAGGAAGCAAAGGCCAAGCCCAUCCAGGUUGUCGUGGCCAACGGGGACGAGCACAGCUUCGAGCUGGACGCCGCAGCGCUGGAGAAAAUCCUGCUGCAAGAUCACGUGAAGGACCUGAAUGUGGUGGUGGUGUCUGUUGUUGGGGCUAUCCACAAGGGCAAGUCCUUCCUGCUGGACUUCAUGCUGCGAUACAUGCACAGUCAGAGUGAUUCGUGGAUUGGAGGUGAUGAUGAGCCUCUGACAGGUUUCACAUGGCGAGGAGGCUGUGAGAGGGAGACCACAGGGAUUCAGAUCUGGAGCGAAGUGUUUGUGAUCAACAAGCCAGACGGCAGCAAGGUAGCCGUCCUCCUCGUUGACACUCAGGGAGCGUUCGACAGCCAGUCCACCAUAAAGGACUGUGCCACUGUGUUCGCCCUCAGCACGAUGACCAGCUCCAUGCAGGUGUAUAAUCUCGCCGAGAACAUCCGGGAGGAUUAUUUGCAGCAUCUGCAGCUUUUCACGGAAUAUGGUCGACUAGCAAUGGAAGAGAUCUACCUGAAACCUUUCCAGUCCCUGAUGUUCCUGAUCCGUGACUGGAGUUAUCCCUAUGAACACAACUACGGUUUGGAAGGAGGCAACGCCUUCUUGGACAGAAGACUACAGGUUAAAUGCAACCAACAUGAAGAGCUGCAGAACGUGAGGAAGCACAUCCACUCCUGCUUCUCGAACAUCGACUGCUUCCUGCUGCCACAUCCUGGCCUCAAGGUGGCCACCAACCCCUACUUUGACGGCAGGCUGAGAGACAUCGAUGGUGAUUUCAAGAGGGAGCUUACCAAGCUGGUUCCUCUCCUCCUGGCCCCCGAGCGACUGGUAGUGAAGGAGAUCGGAGGCAACAAAGUCACCUGCAGAGAUCUCCUGGAGUACUUCAAGGCUUACAUAAAGAUCUAUCAAGGUGAGGAGCUGCCUCACCCAAAGUACAUCCUGCAGGCGACGGCAGAAGCCAAUAACUUGACGGCUGUGGCAGGAGCCAAAGACAUGUACGGCAAGAGCAUGGAGCAGAUCUGCGGUGGGGACAAGCCAUACAUCGCCCCAGCCGACUUGGAGCGCAGCCACAAGGAGUUUCGCAAGCACUCUGUGGGCUACUUCCGCUCCGUGAAGAAAAUGGGCGGCGAUGAGUUCUGCCAGCGCUACCAGAACCAGCUGGAGUCCGAGCUGAACGAGGCCUACACCAACUUCACCAAACACAACGACGGCAAGAACAACAACGCUUGUGUCAUAGCCUAA